AGUUUACCAUUGCUAAGUAACCCAGGACUGAUAAAUAACGCAUCCAGUGGCUUACUGCAGGCAGUCCAUGAAGAUCUCAAUGGUUCGCUGGAUCACAUUGACAGUAAUGGAAAUAGCAGUCCAGGCUGCUCUCCUCAGCCUCACAUACAUUCUAUCCAUGUCAAGGAAGAACCAGUGAUUGCAGAGGAUGAAGACUGUCCAAUGUCCUUGGUGACAACGGCAAAUCACAGUCCAGAGCUGGAAGAUGAUAGAGAGAUUGAGGAAGAGCCUUUAUCUGAAGAUCUGGAAUGAAAAGGGACUUGAGAAACCUCAAAAUGAAGGGACAUAUCACUGACCUUCAGAACCACUCCGCAACCAUGAAUAUUUGACAAAUUUUUACUGUGACUAUUUAUUAAGCAUGGAUAAAGAAGAACAGCCCUAAAGGAACUUGUCUAAGCCAGCCCUUUGGGACCCAGUUACAACAGGCAAAUUGCUUGUUUUUCUUCUUUUUCUUCUUUUUUUCCUUUUUCCUUUUUUUUAAAGAUAAACUGAUUUUCUUGAGGAAAAAAAAAAAACAAAACUGUUCUUUAUAUAAUGGCUUGCCCAUUUAAAAAAAUGUGGCUCUUAAGGGUUCAUGACAUGACUGAAUAUGAGGAUACAUGUUCUGUAGAAAGCAAAUGGGCCUCAUAUACUGCCAAAAAUAGUAUUAGUUUCAUUAAUGUGAAUUUCCAGCAUACAGUAGUUGUAAUGUUAGAAACAAUUGCUGGUCAAGUUCAACUUGUUGCUAUUGUUUUUAAUUUGCACAGGAGUAGUAUCAGAAGUUAGUGUCACUGCUUGUAUCUAGCUGAAUUUUAAACAACAGAACAUUAGUUUUUUAUGUUGGUGCCACCAACUGUAAAUGACAUAAGUUAGUUAUUACAAACCACAGUAAUUAGACUGUUGCAACCAUCUAAAAACCUUUAGGCUUCCAGUCUGUGCUGUUAGUGUUAAGAUGUAAAGUGCAAUCCUAAGCUAACAUUGUCUGUGCAAGCACCAUAGAAACAUUUGCAUAUCUGCAUAUAUCUUACAACUGUACUCUUUACCUCCUUGUGAUAAAGCUUUGUCUACCUGCAAACACAGUCAAAGGCUACAGCUGCAAACCAAAGCCAACUCUAACAAUGGCCAAUAGCUCAACGACAGAAGCAGCCACAUGCUUUGGUCAGCCUUCUGUAACUUUAAUUAGUACAAAGGAACCUUUCCAUGAACUACCUGCUGUUUUCUGAUGACCUCUGGGAUCUUUUCAUUUAGCCCUAUACAAAGAAACAAAUAUGAAAAAGUCAAUUCAUUCACAGUGUAAUCUUCUGAGGCCAAAAGUCAAUCUAAAUGCAGUGAAGAUUUGCUUUCAUUUAAGACAGAGGUGAGAACAAAGUCUGCAGUGGAAGUUAUGAUAGAAAGCAACAAAUGUGGAUCACUGACCAAAAUAAUUAUGUACUUGAUGCAAAUGCAGAUUGCAUAUUGUUAUAUAUAAUACAUUAUGUUUUAUUUUUUUCCCA